UUCAUUCUGUGUUUGUGUGUGAGGGUUGUGAGCGCGUGUGCUGUGUGUGUGUAAGUGCGCGAGUGUGUGGGUGUUCCUGAGCGGCGCGGAGUGCGGUUAGACGGCGGCGCCAGUUGACUCCCAAGCGCCGCGCAGCCACUACGCUUAGCCGCGUUUUGUCCGCACCGCGAUCCCAAUAACUUUGUGCACUGGAAACUUUUCAAAGCAAUUUUCGCGUGUUAUCGAAGUUCGCUUCGCGUUAUCGUCGCGAAUUACGUGUACCGCGCUGCGGGUGUGCUUGCUGAGCGAUUGGACACGCACUUUCGCACGUGUAAACGUAUCGGUCGGUCUAUUUUUGAAUAUUCUCUAAACGCUACACCGCGAAGUUUUCGAAACGCCCGUACCGGGUUAACGCCCGCUGCACAGUGCAGUCGCAACGGCAGUGUUUUUGUUGACGGAUAACAUUUUGUGUUGUUAACCUCCGCUCAAUCUGAGAGACGUUAUCUUGGUGCGCGCGCCUGUAAUCUCUCGGUCGAGUGAUGACUUCGGAUGACCUUGUUUGUGGUUUGUCUUUGUGAGUGUCAGUGAGAGGCAGAAGUGCUUGUGCUGUAACCGGUAGUGCCAGUGAUGUGACAAUUUAUGGAAGUGUCAGGUUUGACUCGGAAUGUUCACAAAGAACGCCAAGGCUCCCGAGCGGUGCCGUCACCCUCAUAGGAGCUACAAGAAGAAAAAGCCUCUGCCGCAUACGCCCUGGAAGUACUUGAUGAAUUGCCCACUCGUUAGGAAAUGUUUUGGUCUACAGUUGCGCAGCAUAGAGGAGCCGGCAGGUGGCGCGGGCGGCGGUGUGCCCGCGGCCACCUGCUAUGAUGCGGAAUGCGCGCGCACUGAGGCCUGGCUGGACGAGAAUCAGGAGUUUGUGCAUGAUUACUUCUUAAGGAAAGCGACGCGGCAGGUGGUAGACGCAUGGCUGGUGUCGCACGCGACGCCGCCCAGCGCCGAGCUUGCGUCGCCGUCGCGGGCUGGAUCUGGCGCCACCACACCUGUCAGAACGCAUUUCUUCGGCAGGAAGAUAUCGGCGCACGAGUUCGAGCGCGGCGGGCUACUGAAGCCACUGGUGACGACGGUGGACGGCACGCCGACGUUUCUCGGCGACCAGCCGCAUGCCGCGCCGUCGCGGCCGCAGCGCCGCUCGCGACAUGAGCUGAGGCAGCUCGAUGAGAAAGAACUCAUAUUUGAGCUGGUGAAAGACAUCUGCAACGAGCUGGAGGUGCGGGUGCUGUGCCACAAGAUCCUGCAGAACGUGUCGAUACUCCUGGACGCGGACCGGGGGUCCCUUUUCCUGGUGCAGGGCGAAAAGGCGGCGUCCCCGAAUCCUCAGAACGGCAGAUGCCUCGUGUCGAAGUUGUUCGACGUGUGCUCCAAGUCCACGCCCGAGCAGAUGGAGCACCUGGAGGAGAUCCGCAUCCCCUGGGGCAGUGGGAUCGUCGGCUACGUCGCGGAGAGCGGCGAGCCCGUCAACAUACCCGACGCUUACAAAGAUGAACGGUUUAACCACGACAUCGACCAGCAAACAGGGUACAAGACGAGAUCGUUACUAUGCAUGCCUAUCAAGGACAUCAAUGGAGAAGUUAUUGGGGUCGCUCAGGUGAUAAACAAACAGAACGACGGCCCGUUCACAGCGAACGACGAGAAGGUGUUCGCGUCGUACCUCCAGUUCUGCGGCAUCGGGCUGCGGAACGCGCAACUGUACGAGCGAUCGCAGCUGGAGGUGAAGCGCAACCAGGUGCUGCUCGACCUGGCCCGCAUGGUAUUCGAGGAGCAGAGCACCAUCGAGCACAUGGUGCUGAGGAUACUUACGCACACGCAGAGCCUCAUAAGGUGUCAACGAGUACAGGUCCUUCUAGUCCACGAAGCGUCGAAAGGCAGUUUCUCCCGCGUGUUCGACCUGGAGGCGGGCGACGAGACAGAGCCCGGCACGCCCAGAACCUCCCCAUACGAGAGUCGCUUCCCCAUCAACAUAGGGAUCACCGGCUAUGUAGCCACCACGGGAGAGACUGUGAACAUAGCGGACGCGUACCUAGACGCCCGGUUCGACCCUUCGGUCGACGAGGGCACGGGCUUCAAGCACAACACCAUCUUGUGUAUGGCCAUUAAGAACUCAGAGGGCAGGAUCAUCGGAGUCAUUCAGUUAGUAAAUAAAUUCGAUGAGCUGCUGUUCACGAAGAACGAUGAAAACUUCGUGGAGGCGUUCGCGAUAUUCUGCGGGAUGGGCAUCCACAACACGCACAUGUACGAGAAGGCCAUUACGGCCAUGGCCAAGCAGAGCGUCACUCUUGACGUUUUAAGUUACCAUGCAUCCGCUACAUUAGAUGAUGCACAGCGGUUACGAGUAAGUAAUUUAUAUUUCCAGACGCUGAGGAUAGCCUCGUCUGCCCACUUCAGCCUCCACGAGCUGGAAUUCGACGACAUCCACAUGAGCGACGACGACACGCUCACCGCUUGCCUCCGCAUGUUCCUUGACCUGGACUUUGUGGAGCGGUUCCAUAUCGACUACAGCGUGCUGUGCCGGUGGCUGCUCAGCGUUAAGAAGAACUACCGGAAUGUGACUUAUCAUAAUUGGAGACACGCUUUUAACGUCGCGCAGAUGAUGUUCGCUAUUUUAACUGAAACCCAAUGGUGGAAGAUUUUCGGCGAGCUGGAGUGCCUGGCUCUGAUCAUCGGCUGCUUAUGCCACGAUCUUGAUCACCGAGGGACCAAUAACUCUUUCCAGAUCAAGGCAUCGUCACCUCUAGCGCAGCUGUAUUCGACGUCCACCAUGGAACACCACCACUUCGACCAGUGUCUGAUGAUCCUCAACUCUCCCGGCAAUCAGAUACUGUCCCAUCUGUCUUCAGACGACUAUGAGAAGGUCGUCAAGGUGCUUGAAGACGCGAUCCUGUCGACAGACCUGGCGGUAUACUUUAGCAAACGCACGUCUUUCAUUGAGCUGGUGGAGCAGGAGCGCUCAGUGACCGUGGAGUGGGGCGAGUGCGAGGAGCGGCGCGGCCUGCUGCGCGCCAUGCUCAUGACCGCCUGCGACCUGGCGGCCAUCACCAAGCCCUGGCCUGUCGAGAGGCGUGUGGCGGCGUUAGUGGCUGGCGAGUUCUUCAGGCAGGGGGAUCUUGAGCGGCAGAACUUGAACUUGACUCCUAUUGAUUUGAUGAAUCGGGAUAAAGAAGAUGAGCUGCCGGCCAUGCAAGUCAAAUUUAUCGACACAAUCUGCUUGCCUAUUUAUGAGGCAUUCGCAGUCCUAUCGCAGAGCCUACAGCCGAUGCUAGACCGAGUUAAAAGCAAUCGAGCGCACUGGAUCGAGCUCUCCAACAACGACAAGAGCGACUACAUGGACAAGGAGCCAGAAAGAGACAAGUCCAGCCUCAGCUCCCACGUCGAGGACACCGACACGUACGAGGGAGACAGCAGCGGGGCUGUCAGCUUGUCUUCAGAGACUAAUUUCAAGUAUGAAAAUCUCGAAAACCCAGUCGUAGGGCUGCUAGCCAACAACGCGCUCGCGCUCACAAAUCAGGGUAAAUUCAACAACGUCAAUGACGUCAAUUAAGACGCAUUAGAUGUUUCGAAGGCCAAUAGAGAAGCCAAAUCGUCCAAUUAGAUAGCUUAGCGUAAGAUCCGUAUCCCGCACAGCACAAGACUUUGGUAUUUUUAAUUUUACUAUCAACCAGCGAUUUCUGUAAUUUGUUAAAUGUAAAUCGAUGUUCCUAUUGGUCUGACUGGGAGGUAUAUUUCACAUGGCGGGCGUAGAAACAGAUGUGUGAUAUUUAUGUAGUAAAUAGUUGAUAUAGUCAAAUGAAUUUCCCAUAACGCAUGGCGUUUAAGUAACUUAUCACCUGUCGCUGCACUAUUUUUGUACACUUCAUUUACUAACGUUUUAAAAAAAAGUAAUAUACUUCGAAGUCUUAAACUACGUAUUAAAUUUUACUCGUUAGAAACGAUAAUGAAAUAACUUCUAUUUCAAUGUAUUUAUGAUGAUAAAACUUCGAAAUCGAAGGUUUAUCGGAAGAUACGACGUAUGAAAUUUACAGUGCCCAAUGAGUUUUUAGUCGAAAAUAUAACUGAAUGACAUUUAUUGUUUACUAGAUUUUAAGUAUCGUAACGUGUCAAACAUAAAUGACCAAGAAACCAAAAAGUCUUAUUGUACUAAAUUAUUAUUAAUUGUUUUUGAAUUCACUCCGUAAGCUUUGAGUAUUACGAAUGAAUUACGGUACUGUUGUUUUAAAAUUUAGUUUAGAUGGAGCAUAUCGAACGAUAGAUUGUUUAAAAAUGUAAAUUAUCUUCUAGCACAAUGUAAAUAAUAAUCAAGAAUGUUACUAACAAAAUAAUCUUCACUGAGUACUUAUUAUCGGUUGGGCAUUUUUUGUCAAAAUCGUUAAAUGUUAGUGUCGAAAUGGCGUCCAGCAGGCGUAUUAUGGAUGGUUUUAGCCACAUGAUAAUAUAACUGUCACUUUUUAACACCGCGGUAUACAGAGUGACGGACACCGUUUUAUCACGCUGUCACGUAGACAAGAACGACCAUCAUAUCCGUAAAGAUCAAAAAUAUAUCCAUAUGUCUGGCUUCUUAUUACGCUUGACGCGAUUAAUUUCUUACUUUGAUUUAGUCAAGCCCUCGACGUAAAAUGCUAAUAGAAAUGGCACACCACCACGUUUGAUAUUUGACGACUUUUGACACAAAACGCCGCAGCGCUUAUUUUUAUGUUCGGGUCUUAAUGGGACCGGGAAAACUUCGUCUAUCUUGUCCUUAAGGAACAGUGGCCUCGCAGGUUUAGUUACAGGACAUCCUCAAGGAAAUGUAUUUCUAGUUGCAUCCAGUGUUGGUAACGAUUCGAGCCCUUGGAGUGCUCAUCUUAUUUUUUUAUACGUUCUUAUUUUGUUAACACCAGAGAACUCUUAGGAUGCUAGUAUUCUUUUAGAACGCAUUAUUUUUUUAUGCACGCAUGCGAUUCGUGUUAUUCAUGGUCGUAAUGUAUUGCCUUUCAAUAGCUAUGGUUUUCUUUACUAUUAUGGCUUAAUAGGGCUUGAGUCUUUUUUAGUCAUACUUCAAAUGGAUUUUAAAAGGACCCGACUUGACAAAUAAAAAGAGUUGAAAGUCUUUAAACUGUAGGUAACCCGGAAAAUCAAAAAUUGAAGUUUUGUAUAUUACCUUCUGUCACUCGACACAAGAGUAACAGAGAGGCAAAUAUACGAAACUUUGAUAUUUAAAAUUCGCUGUAACCCCCCUGUGACUGAGUUGAGUUCUAAAUGUAGACUCGUGUGAGACUCGAGUUAUUACCAACUCUAGUUGAAUCUGCAUGUUUUCUUAUUACCUCAUUAAAUCGUUAAAAGUUGUUAGACAGUUACGGUACCCAAUAAACCAUUCCAAUCUUUGUACCUACCUUACAUUCGUGUUGUCUAUUUCGGCGGCCGAUAGUAAAAUCAGACUGAUCAUGAAAUUUCUAGGCAUAUCGUGAAUCGUGAAAAUCAUUAUCUUGUUCCCUGAGUCGACGAAGCCCCCUAUGCGGGACUCCUUAUUUCUGGACAGUUUGCCCUUCGGGCAUUGAAGCAAUCUAACGAACCUAUCCUACCUAUCCUUUGGUUUAAUGAUUUAAUGUGACUGACGUCAAAACAUUACACAGGAACUUUACGAUCGGCCGCUGACAUCUAUAUGGCCGAUUUUGUAAACGAUAUAAGACCUAAUAAUAAAGGCCGUUUGUCCCGAGGACACAAUUAUCGUGGUAUUGGCCCGUAGUAAACUAAAAUUGUCAAUUAACGUAAAGUUAAUACAAGUUAGAAUGUAUUUAGCACUUUUUCUGUAAAUUUAUUUCGUGCUUUGUCCAAAUAAAUUAAUGAUUGUCACUGUAAUUCCUGAUAAAUAUUAUAAUCAAAAUGGUUUUCGAGUUAUAUGAAAACUUUGAUGUACUUACUCAUUCCAUGUCAAAAUAGUAAUUCUUAAAAUUUAAUCUGGCUUAUUUCCUCUAAACAAUACAAGACUUUGACCAAUUUGUUCCGUAAAGGAAAAUAUGCAAAGAAAAUAUUUUCUAUUUGGAAUAUCUCUCUAUAAGCAAAGGCGUUGUUAUAUAUUAAACACUCGAUCGCUUGUAAUUAAAACUUGAUCUAACAUCAGAAAAAGAUACGCAUAUAUCUGUAUAGGUAUUUGUUGGACCAUAUUUGACCGCUCGGGUGUGUUUCUUGGGGAUCUAUGUCUGAAUCCCUAAAGUCUUUUCUCCUAUCUUUGCAUUCCCUAAUAUUGUUUGUCAUAAGUCAUAAUGAUCAGUAAGAUCAGUAAGAUCAGAAACAGUAAGUAUGUAAAAUAAUCGUUAUGAGGUUAUGUCAAUAAUUGUCAAUAAUCAAUAAUUGAUCGUUAGGGCCCAUUAGGACAAACCAGUUAGGGCAAGUGACUUUAGGACAAACGUUGUUAGGGAUUCAGAAUGACACUCUUGGAAUGCUAAUGAAGCCGAACGCGAUUAUCUGUGCAUCUUCGGAUGGUAUUCCAUCUGUCCAAUAUCUGGUCCAAUGUGUAUUUGCGUCUCACAUUCUGCUUAACGAUAGAGUGAGAUGCAACAUUGGACAAAGAAAUUGGACAGGUUGAGCCCUUCUGUGCGUUAGCACUAUUGCUUAUCUGUGUGUCUAUUUUGAAGUCAUUUUUUAUGGUAAAAAUAAGUAUUGCCGUGGAUUGGCUACAUUAAAUACACGACCGAAGGCGUUUAAUACAUACCAACGCCCUAAAUAUUUUACAUGAAGAAAAUCUCAAAUUAAUUGUGGUAAUAAACUAUGUACAACUAUAAUGUUAAGAUUGCUGUAAGUAUUAUUAGAAGUAAAUAGACAAUUAAUAACUGUAAUUCACUAAAUGAUGAGUUGUAUGGUGUGUGAAUAUGGAGGUUGUUUUGUUCCAAACAAAAAUGUUAUUUAUUUAUGAUUAAACGAAAUUUUAAAUACU